AUAUAAUAAUUCCAUAUGGAUUUUUUUUUUUGUUUAGGUCAAAUGGACCAUGGAAGUAAUUUGCUAUGGAUUGACCCUUCCAUUGGAUGGAGAGACUGUAAAAUAUUGUGUUGAUGUGUAUACAGAAUGGAUUAUGGCUUUAGUGUUGCCGAAAGAUUCUAUUCCAUUGCCAGUUAUUAAAGAGCCUAAUCUAUAUAUUCAAAGUAUACUAAAACAUCUGCAAAAUCUCUUUGUACCAAGACAGGAACAGGGCUCCAGUCAGAUCCGACUAUGCCUACAGGUCCUGAGAGCCAUUCAGAAACUGGCCCGAGAGUCAUCUAUCAUGGCCCGAGAGACAUGGGAAGUCUUACUAUUGUUUCUUCUACAGAUUAAUGACAUACUUCUGGCCCCGCCAACCAUUCAAGGUGGCAUUGCUGAGAAUCUAGCAGAGAAGUUGAUUGGUGUUCUUUUUGAGGUUUGGUUACUAGCUUGUACUCGGUGCUUCCCAACACCUCCUUACUGGAAGACAGCCAAGGAGAUGGUGGCUAACUGGAGGCACCACCCAGCAGUGGUGGAGCAGUGGAGCAAGGUCAUAUGUGCGCUCACAUCCAGACUGCUACGCUUUACUUAUGGUCCUUCGUUUCCUCCAUUUAAAGUUCCGGAUGAAGAUGCCAGUCUCAUCCCUCCAGAAAUGGAUAACGAGUGCGUUGCACAGACAUGGUUUCGAUUUUUACAUAUGUUAAGUAAUCCUGUGGAUUUGAGUAACCCAGCCAUUAUAAGCUCUACUCCCAAAUUUCAGGAACAGUUCUUGAAUGUGAGUGGAAUGCCGCAAGAAUUGAAUCAGUAUCCCUGCCUUAAACAUCUGCCUCAAAUAUUUUUUCGUGCCAUGCGUGGAAUCAGCUGCCUGGUGGAUGCAUUCUUAGGCAUUUCUAGACCCCGAUCAGACAGCGCUCCCCCUACACCUGUGAAUAGAUUAAGUAUGCCUCAAAGCACUUCGGUCAAUACCACUCCACCCCAUAACCGAAGGCACCGGGCUGUUACUGUAAAUAAGGCCACCAUGAAGACAAGCACAGUUAGUACUGCUCAUGCCUCAAAAGUCCAGCACCAGACUUCCUCCACCUCUCCUUUGUCAAGCCCAAAUCAGACUAGUUCAGAACCCCGGCCACUGCCUGCCCCUCGAAGACCAAAGGUUAACAGCAUCUUGAAUCUCUUUGGAUCAUGGUUAUUUGAUGCAGCAUUUGUUCACUGUAAACUUCAUAAUGGGAUAAACAGAGACAGCAGCAUGACUGCAUCUUUUAUCCAAAUUCUUCUUUCUUAUAAAUCUUCCAUUACAACACAAGCUAGCAUGGAGUUUCGACGGAAAGGGUCACAAAUGUCCACAGACACCAUGGUUUCCAAUCCUAUGUUUGAUGCAAGUGAAUUUCCUGAUAACUAUGAAGCAGGAAGAGCUGAGGCUUGUGGGACACUGUGUAGGAUUUUUUGUAGCAAGAAGACUGGAGAAGAGAUUCUGCCAGCUUAUUUAUCCAGAUUUUACAUGCUUUUAAUUCAAGGUUUGCAGAUAAAUGAUUAUGUGUGCCAUCCUGUCUUGGCCAGCGUUAUUCUAAACUCCCCUCCUUUGUUCUGCUGUGACUUGAAAGGGGUUGAUGUUGUGGUUCCUUACUUUAUUUCAGCUCUUGAAACCAUUUUGCCUGACAGAGAACUCUCAAAAUUCAAAAGCUAUGUAAAUCCAACAGAAUUGAGAAGAUCUUCCAUUAAUAUCCUGCUUUCUUUAUUACCCCUCCCUCAUCAUUUUGGCACAGUCAAAUCUGAGGUAGUCCUGGAAGGAAAGUUUAGUAAUGACGACAGUGCUUCUUAUGAUAAACCAAUAACUUUUCUGUCCCUGAAGUUGAGACUUGUGAAUAUACUAAUAGGUGCCUUGCAAACGGAAACGGACCCCAACAACACUCAAAUGAUACUAGGGGCAAUGUUAAAUAUUGUUCAAGAUUCUGCACUUUUAGAAGCCAUCGGUUGCCAAAUGGAGAUGGGUGGUGGAGAAAAUAACCUGAAGAGUCACAGUCGCACUAAUAGUGGUAUUAGUUCAGCAAGUGGUGGGAGCACAGAGCCCACAACACCUGACAGCGAGAGGCCUGCUCAAGCUCUUCUAAGGGACUAUGCUCUUAAUACAGAUUCAGCUGCUGGGCUCCUGAUUCGCAGCAUUCAUCUCGUCACUCAAAGACUCAACUCUCAGUGGCGGCAAGACAUGAGCAUAUCACUGGCAGCUCUAGAGCUCCUCUCUGGUCUGGCCAAGGUGAAGGUGAUGGUGGACUCAGGAGACCGUAAACGAGCCAUCAGUUCUGUGUGCAGCUAUAUCGUGUACCAGUGCAGUCGGCCAGCUCCUCUGCACUCCCGAGAUUUACACUCCAUGAUAGUAGCUGCUUUUCAGUGUCUUUGUGUCUGGCUGACAGAGCACCCUGAUAUGCUCGAUGAAAAGGACUGCCUUAAGGAAGUACUAGAGAUUGUGGAACUGGGUAUCUCAGGAAGUAAAUCCAAAAACAGUGAGCAAGAGGUUAAGUACAAAGGAGAUAAAGAGCCAAACCCUGCAUCAAUGAGGGUGAAGGAUGCUGCUGAAGCCACCCUAACAUGUAUUAUGCAGUUGCUUGGUGCGUUUCCUUCACCCAGUGGUCCUGCCUCUCCCUGUAGUCUGGUGAAUGAGACCACUUUGAUCAAAUACUCCAGGCUGCCAACCAUAAACAAGCAUAGUUUCCGGUACUUUGUCUUGGAUAACAGUGUCAUCCUGGCAAUGCUGGAGCAACCCCUUGGAAAUGAGCAGAAUGAUUUUUUCCCCUCUGUCACUGUGCUGGUUCGGGGAAUGUCUGGGAGACUUGCUUGGGCACAACAGCUUUGCCUUUUACCCAGAGGAGCAAAAGCAAAUCAGAAGCUUUUUGUGCCUGAACCUCGUCCAGUUCCUAAAAAUGAUGUUGGAUUUAAAUACUCUGUGAAACAUCGGCCAUUUCCAGAAGAGGUGGACAAGAUUCCUUUUGUGAAAGCAGAUCUGAGCAUUCCAGAUUUGCACGAAAUUGUCACUGAAGAAUUAGAAGAGAGACAUGAAAAAUUGAGAAGUGGCAUGGCCCAGCAGAUUGCUUAUGAAAUACACCUUGAACAGCAGAGUGAGGGGGAGUUGCAGAAGAGAAGCUUCCCUGACCCCAUUACGGAUUGCAAGCCACCACCUCCUGCCCAGGAAUUCCAAACAGCCCGCCUUUUCCUCUCUCACUUUGGAUUUUUGUCCUUAGAGGCAUUGAAGGAACCUGCAAAUAGUCGUCUACCUCCUCAUCUUAUUGCACUUGAUUCUACGAUACCUGGGUUUUUUGAUGAUAUUGGAUAUCUGGAUCUCUUGCCAUGUCGUCCUUUUGAUACAGUUUUUAUUUUCUAUAUGAAGCCAGGUCAGAAAACAAACCAAGAGAUUUUAAAGAAUGUGGAGUCCUCCAGAAAUGUUCAGCCACAUUUCCUAGAAUUUUUGCUGUCCCUUGGCUGGUCAGUUGAUGUGGGCAGACACCCUGGUUGGACAGGACAUGUUUCUACCAGUUGGUCAAUUAACAGUUGUGAUGACAGUGAAGGGUCUGAACAAGAUGAAGUAAUUUCCUCUGAAGAUGUUGGAGCUAGCAUUUUCAAUGGACAGAAGAAGGUGCUGUAUUAUGCCGAUGCCCUGACUGAAAUAGCAUUUGUGGUUCCUUCUCCUGUGGAGUCCUUAACUGAUUCAUUGGAAAGUAAUAUCUCUGACCAAGAUAGUGACUCAAACAUGGAUCUCAUGCCAGGAAUUCUGAAACAGCCAUCUCUGAAACUUGAGCUUUUCCCCAAUCACACAGACAAUCUUAAUUCCUCACAGAGGCUCAGUCCCAGUUCCAGAAUGAAGAAGCUGCCUCAGGGUCGCCCUGUGCCUCCCCUUGGACCUGAGACAAGAGUGUCUGUUGUCUGGGUGGAACGUUUUGAUGAUAUAGAAAACUUUCCCCUCUCAGAUCUGAUGACAGAGAUCAGUACUGGUGUGGAAACUACUGCAAAUAGCAGCACGUCUCUGAGAUCCACAACUCUUGAAAAAGAAGUUCCAGUCAUCUUCAUCCACCCUUUAAACACUGGAUUGUUCCGAAUAAAAAUUCAAGGAGCCACAGGAAAAUUUAACAUGGUUAUCCCUCUUAUGGAUGGGAUGAUAGUCAGCCGGCGAGCACUCGGCUUUCUGGUGAGGCAGACUGUAAUCAACAUUUGUAGAAGAAAGAGACUUGAGAGUGACUCCUAUAGUCCACCACAUGUCCGCCGGAAACAGAAAAUUACCGACAUUGUCAACAAGUACCGGAACAAGCAGCUGGAGCCAGAGUUUUAUACUUCACUUUUCCAGGAGGUUGGACUCAAGAGCUGCAGUUCUUAGACCACUAUCUGAACUCCAUUGUGGGACUGUACUAUCAAAGCAAGAGAGUUUGAUAGGUGAUCACUGUAAAAAUAAAAACAAAUCACUCCCCCAAGAGCUUGCUGUUUAAUCACCAGAAUAGAAGAAACACAUUGUAAACCCAUUGGAUAGAAGACUUUCAGCUUUCUAGUGAAAUGGGCUCCCAGACACAAUCAUAUUCCUGCUGGUAAUGAUGAUAAACAUUUUAGCCAUAAACUUUAUUUUAAAAGUGACAAUUUUAGUUAAAUACAAGCCUUUUGAGGAGAAAGGCUUUUAUAGCACCUCAGUUAAACACAUGCAUUGAUAGUAUUGACAAAUUUGCAAAUUAGAAGUUGAAGAUAGUUUUAUACCUCACUUUUUAGGAGGUUGUAUUCAAAAUUAAAAUCUGUUUCAGAAUCUUCCAGGACAUUUAAAGACUCCACUUGACAGUAUGGAGGAGAAGGAAAGAAGUCUCAGCCUUCUGCUCACUUGUAGGUCCAUUUGUCAUCCAACUGUCAAAAUGACAAGAAAACAAAAUGUUUUUUGCUCAGAUAAGAAGUCUGACAUUAAAAUAUUUCAUAUUUUCUCUCCAUAUUUAAAAAGUCAUCAUUCUCAUCACUGCGCAGAUCUGUCUGAGAGCCUCAGCUUCUGACGAAACAGAUCUGAGGUGGAGGCACAGCCUUGUCCCCUAGGGAAGAUACUAAUGCAAUUUGUGAGACUAAAAGCUGUAAGAUGGCAGUGAUUCCUCCACUCCUUCCAUUAUUGUCCAGCUUGGUGACAUAAUGAUAGGUUAAAACUUUGUGAUUCCCUGAUUAAAUAUUAAAAGAUGUAAAUUCACAGUAGGGGCUGACAAUUACUGGUUUCAUCCAUUACCUCUUAUUUCAGGGCCAAGCAGCAAACUGCAGUAGUUGCUGAAGGAUUCUACUUUGUGUUUCUGGAAGCAGCCUCACUCCAGCUUUCCCCCAGAGAGCUCCUGGAUUGCAUCAGUUGACAGAUAUCUGCAGCCAUCUCCUUGGAUGGCUGCUGUUGUCAUGUUUUCUGGCCUUGGCCAUGUAAAGGCAUGACAAAUCUCUGCCAGGGCUUUGGAAAUAUUUCUGUUACCUCGCUGCUACUCUUCUGCCAGGGACAAAACUUUGAAGGUGGCCAGACCCAGACCAUCCUUAUAAGGAUUCCUGUUAUACUGCUCUGUGUACACCACUCCUCUCUCCUAUUUUUAUGUGCUUUCUUCUUUAGUAAGGUUAUUUUGUCUAAAAAGCAACUGACAUUUGAAGUCCAAAGAAUGAUGAGAGUUGUGCAGGAGUGUUUCCCACUGGCACUCUGGUGCCAGCAGGUCUGUAGGUCAAGACCACACUAGUCUCUUCAUUUUGACGUUUUGGUGAUUUUCUUACAGGGUUGGGGAUAGUGUUGGACCUCAUUCCCUGUGCAGAUAUCUCUGUUCCAGAUGUAUGUGUUUUGCCAUCUCCGAGCAAGAAAUGUGGGCAUAGCAGUUCUUAGUCUGCACAUCCCCUCUUCUUCAUAUUUGUUUUCAGCUCAGGUACAGAUACCCUCCUCCACCUCAUCCUCCCCCCUGUGACUCUAGUGUUCAGUUCCAGUCAGGGAAUAGUAGUAUUCAAUCACUAAUUUGGGGUUUUGUUUUGUUUUGUUUUUGAGGUAUUUCCAGAUGGUAGUACGGAAAGGGGGUAUGUGUGGUCAAGAUUAACAAGUUCUACCCUAAGAAUGUUUUAGAAGCUCAGUAAGACUAGGUAAAGAUUAACAACUUUCAAGAAAAUUCCAGAUUAACACUUCAGAGGGAAAAUGGACCCUUGUUCUAGUUGAGUUGAACAAGAAAGGCUAUAAAUGACUGUGCAACUUAACAUUCCAGAAGUUAAAAAUAAUUGGUCAUGAUGUACUUCCUCAUUAUGACUCUUCAAGAUAAGUCUUUUACUUUGGCCAUAGUUUGAAUGAAAUAUCAGAAAAAUGUACAGUGUGUGUGUAUUGGGAAUGGACUUGCUGGUCCUACAAGUUGGCUCCAAUUUCUGGCAAUUCUGUUGACUUUGUUGGGAUCUGGGAGGCUAGGUAGUUCCUUGGGAUGUACAAGCCUCUCCAGGUGCUAGUUUCUUUUGCACAGAAUUCCAUCUGCCUGGGAAGCAAGUGUUGUAAGAACCCUUUCACUCGUAUUGGAGUUCAUGGUCACUAACUUUACUCAACUGUUUUGUUAAAAGUCACUUGAGUAGAAUGCUAGAGGAGCAUAUUUAAUACCUAACAAUAGUCUUUAGUAGUCCACUUGAGAAAUUUCCCAGCACAUGUUCAAAAUCGUGGGAGGAGCUAGGACCACUCUGGGCUGUGGCUUAGACAGUUCAUUUGCUACAUGUGUUGGGUGCCAGAAGGUAAAGUGAGUGUGGCCUUCUUGGAAGAGGAAGGCAUUACCCAGGAGGCAAUCGGGUUGUCCCUCUUGCUCCCUUCUGAAGUUGUAGGGAGUACUAAGGACAGAGGGAAGUGCUCUUACCUUUUAAAUCCUUUUCAUUGUUAGCCACCACCCUUUUGUCCAGAGCUUCCACCACUGUCCUUUGGGAAUAGUUACAUGGUGAGACAGGCCUCCCCAGCCACAUACACAUGUAUGCACACACAUGCACGUGAGCAUUUUCCUUCUUCAGAUCCUCUAUUUUAGCACAGCCUGUACAAAAUACCCACAUCUUUGUCUGGCGGUGUCAGUUGCCCACAGGUAGAGUAUGAGGUCUCCACAAAUGGUUCCUUCCUAUGUGUGCCGGAGAAGCAUUUGUCAGUCUCUUUGGACUGAUUUCUCUGAAGAGUGGAGCCUCACUCAGAGUGAGAGCAACCUUGCACAAAGUGUGUUUUGUGGUAAAUGGUGAAACAUGUCCUGGAGGUCACUGGGCUCCUGAUGGUGGUGGUUCUCCAUUAGUACUUAAAACCUAGUAGCAAGUGGGAUCUUCCUGAAAGCAGAGGUGUAUGUUUACAUGAAGUGAUCCUAGGAGUCAGCACAUCUGUUUUCAGCAUUCCCUGACAGCCUCUCUGCCUGUGGUGGAGACAUUGGGGGUUUAGGGGAGUGGGGAAUCUACCUGGACAGUAUAGAGUCAGACACAGCCAUGCACUGUGUAGUGUUUUCUCAGAAUAUCAAUCCUUGUUCUUCAGAUGC